AUGCCUGGUCGCCGUUGUGUUGUUCAAGACUGUGGAAACAUAAAGAACGAUGAGUUGGGAAUUUCGAUUCAUAAUUCUCCUGCUUCGGGCAGCGUUAUGUUAAAGUGGAAAAGUUUCGUGUCCAUGCACCGGAAGAAUUUCAACCCAGUGGGACAAUUUUCUGUCUGCUCGGAGCAUUUCACAAGGGAUUGUUUUACCCUUGCAUUUCCAAUGAAAGGCAUGAAAAGAAAUUUGAAGAAAAGGACGUUUCCAACCAUUUGGAAAAAAUCUUCUGCAACACUAUCAAAGCGGAGUCGACGAUCGGUGAGUGGAAUUACAUAUUUAAUUUCCUCAUUUACCUGUGACAAAAUUUUUUCUGGCAUCGUUUUUCAUGAUAUUCGUGCAAUGGAUGCUAUGACUAUUUGGACUGUCCAUAUUCAUACAUGUGUUUUCAUACUUUUCUGCUUUCUUCUCAUAGUUAAAGUAUAACGGGCAUUUGCGCAAUAAUGGGUAUUUCCACAGAGUUGACGUGAAGUCAAUUUCCAGUGAUCAAUUUCCAGACAUUAAUUUCCACUCAAGCGUAAAAUUUAGAAAAAGUGGAGCUACAAAGAAAUUUGGCUCUCUAUUUUUUGAGAGAUUAUUUUUCUGUUACUUUGACAUUUGACAGUACUCCGAACUUCCCUCCCAAAAAAUUUUACAACAACUUCAAGUAUUACACGCGAGUCUUUUCUGUAAACGACCAAAAAUGGACUUAGUCUGAUUUAUGCAUUCUAUAAGCUCAGUUACUGUUUGCUGUUUUUUCGUUUUCGUUUAUAUUUUAUUUCUGUGUUCACUGUCUGUCAAAUAGAAAAUGCUGUUCAGUUUCACUGCUCGAAUAUGUAUCAAACCGAUCGGUUUUUUUCUUAAUUUAUUUUGUUGUCUUGGCAGCUUGUAAAGGAAAUCUUGGAAGAACACGACCAAAAUAUACAAAAUGAGACAAAUUCUGAGGUGGAGGAUGAAGACGUUGAGGUGGAAAUAGAAGGUGAUCAGGCGGACGAUGAAGAUGUUGAGGUGGAAGUUGCAGAAGGUGAUCAGACGAACGAUGAAGAUGUUGAGGUGGAAGUUGCAGAAGGUGAUCAGGCGAACGAUGAAGAUGUUGAGGUGGAAGUUGCAGAAGGUGAUCAGGCGAACGAUGAAGAUGUUGAGGUGGAAGUUGCAGAAGGUGAUCAGGCGAACGAUGAAGAUGUUGAGGUGGAAGUUGCAGAAGGUGAUCAGGCGAACGAUGAAGAUGUUGAGGUGGAAGUUGCAGAAGGUGAUCAGGCGAACGAUGAAGAUGUUGAGGUGGAAGUUGUAGAAGGUGAUCAGGCGGACGAUAAAGAUGUUGAGGUGGAAGUUAAAGAGAAUGUUGAGGCGGUGGUUCAAGAGGAUGUUGAGCUGGAGAUUGAUCAAGUAGAGGUAGGUACAGUGUUAUUAAAAAGAACACUUUUGGCGUGAGCUUUCAAUUAGAAAAUAAUUGUGCAAGCUUAUUUUUCUUGUCUUUUCUACUUUUUUUCUUUUUUAGACAAAUGAACAAUGUGCAACAUGCAAUACCCUCAAAAGUGAAAUAAGUCAAUUGAAAGGAAAAGUAACUAGGCUGAACAGAAAACUGACCACCAACCAAGAUCAUUGGGUGAAAACAUUCAAACAAAUUCAUGGACAAAAUAGGCUGCUGAUGGUUGAUACAGGUAAGACUGCUUACCUGUUACAAUAAUAUUAGGUAGUGGUUUUGAAAACAAGUGACAACAUUGUGGAUUACCAAUAACCAUUUCAAGUCUUAAAUAAUGUUUCAAGCUUAUAAAGUAUAUAUAAAUACUCAGGAAACUUUCUCUUCAACUGCACAGUAAGAUUAACAACAAUCAUCAUUGGAUAGUUUUACCAACAAUUUUUUUUAAGUUGAGGUAGUAGUAAUUUCCUGUUAUUAUGAUUCAGCUGUCCAAACUGACCCAGAAGUGGUUGCUGACAAUGCCGAGUGUGAAGAGGAAACUGAGGAGGAUAUGGAGUUAAAUGAUGAAGAUGAGGAAGAAAACAGCAACGAUAAUGAGGACCCCACAUGGACCCCUGAGGAGAUUGACAGGGAGUACCAAAAACUGAAAAACGAAGAUGACAGUGAAAAGACUCAUGACAACCCAAGGUUAACAAAUAAUACUGUUCUUUCACUUUGUUACACUGAGUGGUGCCCAGAACUAUUAUAAAAACUAAUUUAAAGGCAAGAUUUCAAAUGGUCAACAACAAUAAGUGUAAUAAUCCUUUCAACUAGUCUUCUUUAUUUACUAUCUUUUUUAGACUUGACCUAAAAGGCAAAAAUGUACGGGAGGAGCCAAAGGGAAUAGUCUUUCUCUCAAAAUUGAUGCUGCUGUUCCAGUUCUGUCACUUGUGCCUCUUCCCAAACCCUAAGGUGACUGUUACCCAGACUGGAACAAUGCUGAGCAUUGUAACUGAGUGCAGCAAGUGUGGUGAGACAUACACCUGGAAAAGCCAACCUGAUCUGAUGGGGAGGUUUCCAGCUGGAAAUCUGUUGCUGAGUUUUGCUGUUCUGUGUGCUGGAGCCUCUAUCAGAAAGGUGCUCUUGGUGUUUGGGCACAUGGGUGUGUUGGCUUUUCAUGAGCCGACGUACUACUAUCACCAGAGACAUCUCCUCAUACCAUCUAUUGUGGCAUUCUGGAAAAAAUAUCAAAGCAGAUUAUUGGAACAGUUGAAAAACAAAGAGGUGGUAUUGGCUGGAGAUGGACGUCACGAUAGUAUGGGCCACUCAGCCAAAUACGGCACUUACACAAUGUUCUGUUGUACUAUAGGACUCAUCAUCCAUAUAGUCCUUGUGCAAGUAUGUAUGUUACUUUGCCUUCCAUUCGUUUGAUCGACACUUAUGGUCAAUUCGAUAUUUGGACAUCAAAUUUUACCCCACUAUGUGAAUUGGAUAUUUUGUUGCUGUUUCAAAAAACUGCAUUUUCAUGUAUUUGCCUUGGAUAGUUUUAUAUAAUUUUCUUCCUUAAACAUUUAAAAUUGGAGUUUUUAAUCUUGACAAUAAAGAUUCUUUACUGUAGAAUUUUGAUUACUUUCUUGUCAAUUUCAUCUACCCAAGGUUAAAAUGUCUAUGAUAACUGUGCAAUGCCUUGCAUGAUCCUAUGCUAAAAAAUUCUACAAUCAACCUGGGGAUAUUUUUAGUGUUUGAUCUUGACCAUUGUUUAGAUGGCAUGUUUUUUCUCCUUUAAUACUUUCAGGCUAACCAGGCGGGUAACAGUUCAGGUAUGGAGUUUCUGGCAUUCCAAAAGGCUUUUACAUUCCUUCUGGGGACUGGGAUGAUCAUCAAAUCAUUUAUAUCAGACCGCCAUACGUCAAUCGCAAAAUGGAUGAGGGAAGACUGUGCUGCAAAGUGUAGUGAGCUGGGAAAACCAGUUGUGAAACAUUUCUUCGACUUGUGGCAUAUUGCAAAAAGUAAGCAUUAUACUGAAUCAAUGACCACAUGCCAGUAAACAGAAAAAAAAAUGUAUCUCUUAUCAUCCAAUUGCUAUGAACAGUUUGAUUAUUACUGGUUAAUUUCUCUUGUAGUCUGUGGACUUACAAUAAAAAAAUUCUUUGUUUUAGAGUCUUAAGGGUGGACAUUUUCUUUUCUAAAUAAAGCAAAUAACAAAUCAGAAACUUGGUGAGAAUACUCCUAUGUAUGUUUUAAGUCAAAAUUAAAUUCAGGUUAAUAUUUUUACCCAGGUUUAUUCACAUGUCCUUUGUCUCCUAGCCCAAAUAAUAAUAUUAUUCAUGAAUUAGGGCUAGGAGACCAGGGAAACUGGGAUUCAGCCUGGGUAAUAAAUUGUACCCUGAAAACAAUUUUGACCAGUAAUGUACGUAUCUUUCAGAAAUUCAGAAGGUGCUGACAAAACUCAGUAAGGAAAAGGGAUGUGAAAUUAUUGGAAGAUGGCGGAAAGCCUGUGUACGUCACUUUUACUGGGCAGUCACCUCAACUCAAGAGCAUCUUGGAGAACUUAAACUGGCAAAAUUCCAGGCAUUUCUGUCUCAUGUGAUCAACAAACACAGAAAUUUGCCCAAUCGGCUAUUCAAUGCUUGUGCCCAUGGUGAAAUUGCUACCCCUCGUGUUUGGAUGAGGAAAGGUACAAAAACAUGUUGCAAUGUACUUUUGUUAUGUUAUUCCAAAAACAAACCAAUCAAAACCUGUUUUCGGUACUGGCACUGCAAGUAACUACUUUAUUCAUUUUAUCUUAUGUUUUAGCAUCAGAGGCAUAUGAGAAGCUAUGCACUGAACUAGGAAAGAAAAGCCUCAUCAAGGCUAUCAAACAGGCAUCUUCUGUAGAGCAGACAAGUGCCCUUGAGGGUUAUCAUUCAGUAGUGAAUCAGUUUGCCCCAAAGAUGUUUGCUUUCUCUUAUCUUGGAUUACUUAGCAGGUACAAGUGCAUAAAUAUUUGUUAUAUUGUCAUGGUGUAACUGACUUAUAAUAAUUAUAAGUCAGUUACACCACAUGAGAUAUCUGAUCAUACUGGACUUUACUCUCUUUCUCUCUCUUUUAUUUUACAGAACAAUACUAGCGGCACUGCAUUUUAAUUAUAAUCUGAAUAGAGACAGCAAAACUGAUGGUCAAGGGAGGCCUGUGCUUUAUGUGACUUACCCUAAAUUCAAGGAAGGAGAGGCUACAGUUAGGGAAGCUAAAGUCUCAGCAAAUUAUGGUAGUUAUUGAUCAGUCUCUACAUGAAUAAGUUCAAUCAGACUCUCUCUAUUAGGGAAUUUGCAUUAUAUGCUUGUUUGUUUUUUUGUUAGAUUAUGUUGCAGAUAUCUUUGAAACUCUAACGACUACCUCAAAGGCAGACCUGAAGUCAAUGGCCGAAGAACUUAAGGAUGAAGUUCCUGAACCUCUGCAUACAAUGUUGGCUGAAAAGGAGAGUAGGGAGGAGGCCAUAGCUAAAUACAGACAGAGAAAAGAGAAAGUGACAACAAUUUGUCCUCCAACUUGUUCAGGUAUGAGUUCAAAACAUGAAAACUAACAAAAUGGCAAGGGAAAAGAAAACAUGACUCACUUCUACUGUAUCUCUACAUAUACAUGUAGGAACAGAACUGAGAUUAAACAAAUAAGUUUCUAAUAUUUCUGCAUUGUCUUUGAUUUGCUGUGACAGAGGAAGAACUUCAUCCACCAAAUGAGAGGGCAGUAACACGCAGAAGAGCUCCCCAUUGUUCAAAAUGCGGAAAACCACGACGAGGCCAUAAAAGGGGACAAUGUGAAUGA